AUGGGUGAUACGAAGGGACAAGUAGUAGCUGGUGUCAAUGGCCGAGGAAAUCGAUUGGAUCAAUUGAAUUGUCCAACCGAUGUGUUGAUCGACAAAGAGACGGAUAGUCUCAUUAUUUGUGAUCGAUUGAAUCGACGAGUUGUACGAUGGUCUCGUCGUAGUGGUACAACUCAAGGAGAAAUCCUCAUCGACAACAUCCGUUGUUGUGGAUUGGCCAUGGAUGAUCAGAGAUAUCUCUACAUCUCUGACACCAAAAACCAUGAAGUAAAACGAUAUCAAAUAGGAGACAAGAAUGGAACUAUUGUGGCUGGUGGCAAUGGCAGAGGUGUUGGUCUCAAUCAACUCAACUGUCCGUACUACAUCUUUGUCGAUCAACAACAGACUGUCUACGUGUCAGAUUGGAACAAUCAUCGUGUAAUGAAAUGGAAUAAAGGUGCAAAAGAAGGAAUUGUCGUCGCUGGAGGUCAAGGUAAAGGGAAUGCUCUGACAAAAUUGGAUCGUCCUCAAGGGCUGUUCGUCGAUACAUUGGGUACCAUCUAUGUGGCAGACACGGUGAAUGCUCGAGUGAUGUGUUGGCCUAAAGGAGCAAAACAGGGCACUGUCAUUGUGAGUGGAAAUGGUUACGGAGAAGAAGAAAAUCAGUUGAACCGUCCCGUUGGUUUGUCCUUCGAUCGACAUGGCAAUCUCUAUGUCGGUGAUUGGGACAAUCAUUGUGUUCAACGCUUUUCAAUCGAAUAG